AAGCAGAAGAAGGAGAAUAAUAAUAAGAAGAAGAACACUCAGCAGCAGCUAACGUUAGCGCCUGUAGCAUGGAUGUAUUAAGAUAACUGUAGCCCGUAGCUCCGCCGUCAGCUGACGUUGUAGCGCCUGUAGCCCCGCUGUCAGCUAUCUUCAGCGCCUGUAGCCCCGCUGUCAGCCUACGUUACCGCCUGUAGCUCCGCUAUCGCAGGACUAAUGGAGAAAGGGUUCCGUCAGUGGAAGGAGCAGUGUCUCAACAAGCUGGACCUGAGUAAGAAGGGACAGGUGGAUGAGGACAUCUCACAUGUGGUGUCUCUGCUCAACGGCUGCGAGCAGUACUUCACCACCAGCUCGUGCUCCGGCAGAAUCAUCCUCAUCGACGGGGCUCAGAAACACGGCUGCGUUUGGCUGUUUGUCUCACACCAGCAAUGCCAAUCCGAUGACCUGAUGAGCGCUGUGGCCCGCUCCAGUGGAGAUGCAGUGUUGAAGUUCGAGCCCUUCGUGCUCCAUGUUCAGUGCAGGCGGCUGGAGGACGCUCAGCUCACGCACUCAGUGGCCAUCAACUCGGGUUUCAGGAACUCUGGUCUCACUGUCGGCAAGACAGGGAAAAUCAUCACGGCGGUCCGCAGCACCCAUGGCUUGGAGGUUCCUCUCAGCCACCAAGGAAAGCUGCUGGUGCAACAGGAGUACAUCAGUUUCCUGACUCAGAUAGCCAAUCAGAAGAUGGAGGAGAACCUCAGACGGAUCCACAGAUUCUACCAGAAUCUGCAGUCAGCGCUGCACGCAGACAACCUCCCAGCAGAACCACAAACGCACCACCGCAGUCAGGAGACCAAGAACCAAACAAGUGUGUACAAACGGAGGCGGAGGAGAGAACGGCAGCCUGGGACUGACUGUUGCCAUGGUGACGGCUCCAGCAUUGAGCCAGAGCUGGACGACUGUCUGGACCUGUUCACAUGAAGACGUUGACUGGAGAAUGGGGUUGCUCUUUUCGGAGUGUUUCAGUGCAGGCGAUCACUUUUAUUUCAGAGCGCUGGAUCACCUUGGUAACCUACACUGCUCCGUCCGCCGGCUCUGGAGCAGGUUUAAGUCCAUCGACCGUAUCUAAGAGGGCCACUUCCGCUUCCCCCCGCUGUACCAAGUGGAGCCAAAGUCUCCCGGAUACGGCAUCAUCUUGAGUCUGCGCAGUAGUGAUCGGGCGAUAAGGCCGCCAUGACAAAGUCCCACCCAUACACCCACCCGACCAAUCAGGAGUCGACUAACCCCAUACUGCAGCCAGCCACCAGCGGGCCAUCCAGAUGUUUUGGCUUCACAUACAGUCUUUGCAUCAACCCCUGUUUUAAGUCAAUAGAUGAGUUUAAAAUGUGUAAAUGGGGGGCUGUUGGAUCCAUCACUCACGGACAGAAGAAUAAAAUCAGGAGAGUCACUUUGAUUUCCAUGAUUUUACAGAUGAAACAUUGCGACAGUGCGAUCACAGCAAUAAAUAGAGCUAAACCCAAAACGGGUUCAACUACA